AUGGAAAUCGCACCACAUGCCCUUCUUGUAGAUGAUACCAUCUACCACACACUGCAAUUUCUGGAUUCCGAAUUCAUCGUACGAGUGUGUACGCUGGUCUCCAAGCAAUGGUUUUCAAAAUCCCUCCAAAUUGCGUUGAAAUUUGAUUUUUCAGAGCCUAUUCCUUUGAAGAUACCUUUACCUAUAUUGCCCUCUCUCGAAGAAUUCGUAUUUCUGGACCGUGUUAGGAGUAAAAUGAACAUUCAAAAACUUGCUCAAUGGGUUUCAUGUACAACUACUUACAACUUGACCGAGUUGAAUUUGUCUCGUCAUUUCUUGAACGAUGAUGGAGCAAAACUAAUCGCAUGUAGUGAACUUAUGAACAAUUUAAAGACGUUAAACUUGAGUCGUAAUAAUUUAAGCUCAGCAGGAGCUCAAUAUAUUGCAACAAGUAGACAUAUGGCUAAUUUACGAGUAUUAAUUUUGAAACGGAAUUCGGUCUGUAACGAAGGAUAUUUCAGCAUUGCAAAGAGCAAAUACAUGAAAAAUUUAACAUGGCUUGAUUUAUUUAAAAAUGAACAUGUUGACAAUGAAGCAGUUAAAGCAAUUGCAAACAGUGAAUACAUGUCAAAUUUGACUUAUUUACGUCUUGAGGCCUCAGAUAAUCUUGAAGAUGAAGUAUCCAUUGUUAAAAGCCAUGUUAUGAGAAAUUUGACAAGUUUAAAGAUGUUUUGCUCGGACUCUGGAGAAACAGCUGCUCUAUUCUCAUGCCCAGAGUUCCAAUGUACAAACUUGAAAGUGUUUGCAACCAAUAUUGAUCAAAGAGGGGCUAAAGCUAUUGCCACAAGUAAGCGUUCUGAAAAUUUAACGACAUUACAUGUUAAUGUUUUUGAUGAUUCCCUUGAUGCGUGUGUAAAACUUAUUGUAUCAAGCCAGUACAUGCAAAAUCUACAGCGGCUAAUCGUUAUGAAUUUUUCUAGAACAACUUGGAUAGAUUCUGCUGAACUGAUGACGUCAAACACGAACAUGAAAAAUUUGACUUCGUUAGAGCUGACUGAGGUUGGUAUGAACGAUCAAGAAGCAAGUAUUUUUGGCAAAAGUGAAUUGUUAAAAAACUUAAGAGAAUUGAUUUUAAAAAGCAACGAUAUUCAAGCUGACGGUAUUCAACACAUUGUCAAUAAUCCUUACAUUUCCCAGUUGAGAGUUUUAGAUUUAUUUGACAACUCCAUUAACGAUGAAGGAGCUAGGCAAAUUAGCAACAGCAAAUACCUGCAGAAUCUAACCACAUUAAAUAUUGGCGUAAAUGAUAUCACCCAUGAAGGCGCCCACAACGUUGCAUCAAGCGAGUACUUGAAAAACUUGACAUCAUUAAGUAUGAGCGACGAUAUCAAGGAUCAAGCAGUCAAAUCCAUAGCUGACAGUGAGUUUAUGGCCAAUCUCACUUCUCUUAGCUUGAGUUUCUGCUUGAUUACAGACGAAGGAGCAAAAAUAUUGGCCUCGAGUCCUUUCAUGUCGAAUUUAACCAGCUUGGAAUUGACAGAUAAUUUGAUUGGAUAUGCCGGAGCAAGCUCGCUUGCUACGAGCAUGUAUUUGACAAAUCUGAAAGUAAUAGAUUUGAAUGGCGACAAUAUAACAAUGGAUGGCAUACUUCAGGAAUUGCUUUUUGCUGGUAUUCCUCCCUUGGUCAUUCAAAAAGAGAAUGAACAACUUUCAACAAAACAACAACAAGUGGUGGACAAGUGUUUAGAUGAAAUGAUUCUACUUUUAAAACAGCACCCACAUACGAAACAAGCAGAAACCUUGAAUUUUUGCCUUCGAGGUAUUAUCGACCAAUUUGGAUUGCUUGUGAUACGCUCGCGAAUGGAAGAAAUUAUUGACAUGCUUUUUAAGGUUGUAAGAGAAAAUGUUGAUCCAACCAAAGAAGAGACAACAACACACGCAAACUCAACUUUGCAACAAGAGAUAGAAUCAAAUCGAUGUAUUUAUGCCUAUUUGGAUAACAUUGAUAGCAUGGUUUGUGUUCUCAGAAAACAAUUUACUCCUUAUUUGGAUUUGAUUUGGCAAGAUAUUCUCAAAUACCUCCAAAUUCCGAACAAUCAACCAGAAGAGGAAAUAACCUCUGCAUUAUGCUUUAUUUGUUCAUCAAUAGAGGCUGUAGAAGAACUCCCAACAGCUUAUUGCUCACAAUUGAUUCCUAUUCUCAUGCAAUACAUGACACAUACCACUGUCGGCGCGCAACGUAAUGCAGUGUAUGGAAUUGGUAUUUUGGCAUUUUACAAUCCCCAAGAAGUGAAACCCCAUAUUACGAAAAUCAUGAACAUACUAUCGAUCGUUCUGGAUACAUUUGGUCUUGAUGCAAAUGUGCUGGAUAAUGCUUGUGCAACGUUUUCGAGAUUGGUCAUAGCUGAAAUUGUGGACUUUCAAUUGAUUUUGGAUUUAUUUCCUCGUUUCGUUAAAGCGCUACCUCUUCGAUCAGACUUGAAGGAAUUUGAUAUUUGUUAUUCAGGUCUUUCAAAAAUGAUGGACAUGUUUGUUUUGGAGCAUUGGAAUUCAGCCUCACUGAUUUUCUCCAAACUUGUUCAGGGAUUGACAUUACCAGCAGUCAACGAAGAUAGUAAGAAGCUGAUUGUGAAGAAUAUUCAACAUUUUAAAGAGAAACAUCCCGUUUCAUUCGAAAAGAUGAUUUUUGACAGCAAUGGUUGUUUGCUCGAAGAGAUGAAAAUUCUUAUGGAAUUUAUGAAACAGUAA